AUGGUUUCGAUGAGCGAGUACAUUCAACAGACAGAAGCAAGUGAUGGCAUUCGGUUUUCAUGGAAUACAUGGCCCGCAUCACGUCUUGACGCCGCUCAGCUCGUCGUUCCUAUCUCAUGCCUCUACACCCCUAUGAAAGAACGGGAAAAUCUCCCUCCCAUCAUGUACGAUCCCGUCGUUUGCACUCGCUGCCGUGGAAUCCUCAAUGCAUUUUGUCAGGUUGAUGUUCGUUCCAAAUGCUGGAACUGCUGCCUUUGUUCAUCAAGAAAUACUUUUCCUCCCCAAUAUGCUGGAAUGACGGAACAAAACUUACCCGCUGAACUCAUGCCUCAAUUCACUACAAUCGAGUACACCAUAACGAAAGCUCCAACACCUCCGCCGAUCUUCCUCGUUGUCAUGGACACUUGCCUGGAGGAGGUUGAAUUUAAUGCUUUGAAGAAUGCGAUUCAGCAGCUUGUUGCCACCCUGCCACCAAAUUGUAUGGUUGGCUUGAUCACCUUCGGCCGUAUGGUCCACAUUCACGAAUUGAACAGCGGCCCCAUUGCGAAAUCUUGGGUAUUUAAGGGUACAAAAGACUACGCCGGUGAUCAGAUUCAGGGGAUGUUGGGCUUGGGCAGAAGCGGAAUAUCCGGUCGAAAUGCCGGCCUACCUGCAACUCAGGUUGUACCUGGUGGUCUUCCGCAAAAU